AUGUUAACGUGUGACAGUGUGUUGAACAUGGCGAAUAAUUGGAACAUGAUAGAUCUAGCUCCGUUGAGCUGCAAGUGGUUCGACAGACUGCGACGCUGCGGGAAGACGCUCUUGCGACGGCAGAGACGACUUCUCAAGAGGAUUAAACGGGUGUACCUACACAGUUGGCGCUCAGAGGAGCUGAACAUGUUGGUGGGUGCCAAAGUGGGGGGCGCCACGCCCCUCGUAAUAGCGUGUCGCAAUGGCCACUAUGACGUCGCGGAGUACCUCAUCGAGAGGUGCAAGGCAGAUAUUGAACAGCCCGGUUCAGUAACAUUCGACGGAGAAACGAUCGAAGGUGCGCCGCCGCUGUGGUGCGCGGCGGCGGCGGGCCACUUACCCCUCGUGCGGUUGCUAGUCCGCGCGGGCGCGAACGUCAACUCGACGACGCGCACGCACAGCACGCCGCUGCGGGCCGCCUGCUUUGACGGGCAUUACGAUAUUGUCAAGUUCCUAGUCGAGAAUGGGGCCGACAUAGAAAUAGCGAAUCGGCACGGGCACACGUGCCUCAUGAUCGCAUGCUACAAGGGCCACAUUAGGAUCGCAAAAUACCUGCUGUCACUAAACGCAGAUGUUAACAGAAAGAGUGUAAAGGGAAAUACGGCAUUGCACGAUUGCGCGGAGAGCGGCUCGCUACACAUACUCAAAAUGCUGUUGGGACACGGGGCCACUAUGGACGUGGAUUCGUAUGGCAUGACUCCCCUCUUAGCCGCAUCAGUAACCGGACACACGCACAUCGUAGAGCACCUGAUCAACGGCGAGACGGGUCUGGUGACGCGGCAGCAGCGCAUCGACGCGCUCGAGCUGCUGGGCGCCACGUACGUGGACAAGCGGCGCGACAUGGUGGGCGCGCUGGCGCUGUGGAAGCGCGCUAUGGACGACAGAUUUCCAACGGACGGUAGCGACCCGAUCCCCAAACCGAAGGACAUCCCGCGCAUAGAGGCGUACGACUACGCGGUGGAGCCCAGCAACGCACAGCAGUUGGAGGAAUUACUGGCCGACCCGGAUGCUAUGAGGAUGCAGGCGCUCGUUAUUAGGGAGAGGAUUUUAGGUCAAGCGCACCCGGACACGUCGUACUACGUGCGCUACCGCGGCGCCGUGUACGCGGACGCGGGGCGGUUCGCGCGCUGCCGGCAGCUGUGGCACCACGCGCUCGACAUGCAGCGCGCCGUGCUGCCCGCGCUGUCGCCGCUCACGCAGUCCAGCCUCUACAGCUUCGCCGAGCUGUUCUCCUACAUGCUGGCGGAGCGCGCGCGCCCGCCGCUCAGAGGUCGCAUCGUGCCCCCAGUAACGUUCGAAGAUAUCGAGCCGGUAUUCCGGAAGGCGCUAUCAGAAGUGGAACGCGGGGUGACCGCAGUGAAUACUGGCACAGGAACAGAUAGAGAUACAACGCUCAACACGUUACAGCGUGUUGUAGUUAUAGCACUGCACUUGGCGGCGUUGUUAGCGCGUCUGUUGGACGAGCCGGAGUGCGAGCCGCAGGUUGUGCGCGAUGUGCACAGGGCGGUGUAUUCGCUGGUCAAGCUCGAUAUUAAGGUGCGGCAGGGGCGGUCGGCGCUGCACGUGGUGUGCUCGGCGGAGGCGUCGCGGCGCGCGGGCGCCGGGCCGUGGGCGGAGGGCGGGGCUGUGGGCGGGGCUGCGGCCGGCGCCUGCUCGCCCGCGCUCGUCGCGCUCAUGCUGCGCCUCGGCGCGCCGCCCGACGCGCGCGACGCGGACGGCAACACGCCGCUGCACCUCGUGUGCAAGCUGAACCCGUGCCCCUCAGAAGUGGUACGACAGUUGCUAGCGCACGGCGCGCACAUAGACACGGUGAACUACGAGGGCGAAACCCCCGAAGAGAUCCUCAAGGCGAGCGGCCAGAGCCUCGCCGCGAUAGUCAACCCGCUCAAGUACACGACCCUCAAGUGCCUCGCCGCGAGGACCGUGAAGAACUACAAGCUGCCCUACAGACACGUGGUGCCGCAGUGCUUGCACGCGACUGUCAUAUCGCAUUAGCUAUAGAGGAAAUAUCCGACUACCCGCUAUGGAAGAUACGUGUACGAAGUUUGUCGUCGACUACCCUCAGGACUAUGUCGUGGACUACCUUCAAUUAUUUAAACCUACGUCAUUUACUACUAGAAAAACCUGUGUUUUGAAUUACUACGACUAUUGUAACCCGUGUCAUGGCGUACUCAGCUAUAUAACAGAAAUAAUAAAUCAAUGUCACGGAUGUCAAUAAAUUUGCUUUGACUCACAGAUAAAUCAAUUUGCCUUGGUAUCCCCACUUUUAAAGUCUGUGUUACCGUACAAGAUUUGACGUUAAAAAUAUCUCAUUCCAUCUAUUUCCCUAUAUUUCUGAUUAAACGAUUUACCUAGAUAACUUCAUCAUUAUUUCCAUUUUGAUGAGAAUAUUACGUAAUAGACCAAUCUGAUUAGGUAUCCUCAUUCUCAAAAAUGACGCAAUAGUUACUCAAAAUUUAGCUAGAUUAUCUGAGUUUUGUAUCCCAUUCGAAAUAUGUGACAAUAAGUCUUUCUUUAUUAUUUUUAUUUCUUCAAUUAUUUUAACUAAUAUAGCUUAACAUUAUUGAACUCCGUGACCUGACGAUUGUUCCGAUCAAAAUAUAUUUUUUUGACAUUAAAUGUUCAUAAUUUAGGAAUAUACUGACAAACACACAAACUCGACUACAAAAAUGACUGGGAUAUAUAAAGCUACACGCUUAUUUUAUUCCGAUAAAUAUAAACGUAUAAGGAGUCCGUCUGUACAUAUGUUACCUAAUCAUUUAUGAAGCUCAUUAUAUUAUUGUUAUUUGAUAGUUGCAUGAUAUACGAGUAAGUUUGACGGCCGGCUCCUGAACUAUUUGUAUAAUAUAGCCUAGAUAAUCUUUUGUAACAUUUUUGUUUUUUAAUUUUUCGCAUUUUAACAUGUGCCAGCUUUGCCAACGCCACGUUUUUAGGAUACGUGUUUUUGUAUAAGUCUGUGAAUUUUUAUCUUAUCUAUGAUUUUUUAUUCUAUAUAUAAAAUUGUCUGUGAUUACUGUAACAAAAUAAAAAUCUAAAUGAAUCAAGGAAAUGAUAUUAUUUGAAAUGAAUAAUGUUUCUCUACUUUGUAUACAUUUAUCGAUUCUUAUUUAGACGAGUGUUUUAGACUUAUUAUUUUUAUAAUUAAGCAGGUUGUCAUUGUAUUGUUUUUAGAAAUUUUUGUUGUUAAAAAUUUCUAAGCUUUCUCAUCAUAAAUUCAAUUGUGGAUAAAUAUAAAGAGCAAUGAUGAUAACUUCAUUCAAAAAAUAAUUACAAUACUGACGCAAUCGACUCAUAAUUUAAAAGCGUGAUUCGUUAUUAUGGCAUACUAGUCUUUUUAUAUUGUAGUAUAUUUUUAUUAUUAGACAUUUUCGCAUCAAGUUGAUUACAAUUGUUUAGUUUAGAUUUGUGUGAGCUUCAACAAUUACACCGAUGCAAGUGUACAGAUAGUGGAAAGUUCAUAUUUAUGCGUUCGAAAGCACUUGUAUAAAUACAUUUUAUUAGCAUUUCUAUUGUAACAAAUUGUACAUUCAAAUAAUAGAUAAAAUUUGGACACAUUAAGAAUUGAACGGUGUAAUAGUUGAAACAUUAUGUAAAAAUAGUGAUGUAAGUAGGUAGUUUAUUAGAAAUUUAUCGAUAAAAUUAAAUGGUAUGUUAUAUGAUAAAAGUGAAUCUACUUGAACUGAAUUGAUAUAAAUGGAACUAGAUUUAUUUUGGCAGCUGUUUGAUAGUAAAUGUGUGUAUUUUCUCGUAGCAUAUUGCAUAGUAUCUGCGUGAUUAUGUGUACUAGAUUAUUUUGAAAUUAAUAAAAUGCUUUAAAAAUA